CUGUGCAGCUCUACUAAUUAAUUUACUAAGGCUCAGUGUGACAAUUCCAUCGGUACAGUAACAAGCGAUUGUUCAGAGGGGAACUGUUAAUCAUUUUACUUCUGUGAUAACUUCUGUGAUUCUGUGAUUAAAUUUGUUAAUAUAAUAUCGUCAAAAUGGAUGAGAUUCAACUCAGCAAAGAUCAAAUCGCACAGUUGAAAAUGGGUUUCGAAGCGUUCGAUCCCGACAAAAAGGGAACAAUCACCACCGACACAGUCGGCACCAUUUUGAGUAUGAUGGGGAUGAAAAUUCCAUCCGCGCAACUCAUCUCGGUCAUCGCUGAAUACGAUCCAUUCGGAUCCGGGGAAAUGAAUUUCGAAGAAUUUUGUAGCUUAGCCUCCCGAUUCAUGGAAGAGGACACGGACACAGAGGCUAUGCAGCAAGAAUUGCGCGAAGCUUUCCGCUUGUACGACAAAGAGGGAAACGGUUACAUCACCACCGAUGUGUUUAGAGACAUUCUUCACGAAUUGGAUGACGCGCUGUCCCCCGAGGAGUUGGACAUGAUCAUCGAUGAGGUGGACGCUGAUGGUUCAGGCACGGUCGACUUUGAGGAAUUCAUGGAGGUCAUGACAGGUUAAAUUAUCACCUUGGCACGAGGCGGUCGUCCCUCGUGGUCGGUCGCCACGAGAGGCGCAUAUAUAAACGACGAUACCGUCUGCCUUUACUACACACGUGGAAAACGCGCGAUUUAUCGAGAUAAUGUUGGCAAAGUAUGAAGUUAAAGGUUCGUAGGUGACGUUUCUUGGGAUGGUGAGCUUAUAAUGCAACUGUAAGAGAAAA